CCAAGAGUCUAGUGGUAAGAGGCAAAUCUGGAAAAUAAAGAGUAGAGAAAAGAGAAAGAAUGUUUCUAAUUAUGGAUUCACCUAUUAUAAUUGCCUGAUUUCCCAGAGAUAUAUCAAGUGAUGCUCUUCUGCUUGGCCAAAAUGUUAGCAUUCCCAAGGAAUGAAGCUUUUUGUUUCCUUUGGAUUUCUUAUGUUUUCCUCUCUACAUGGAUUCAGCAAGGAACUGAAGCCUUUCAGUUUGGCAAUGGGUUGUCCUUGCCUCCUGACAACGUGUGUGAUUUCACAGAUCAGUGUGAGGACAAGAGUGAUGAACAGCAAUGUUCAAAUUAUGAAAGAUGUGAUUUUGAGAGUGGUCUCUGUAAUAUGACACGAGAUCAGAGUUUGCAACUUGGUUGGACAAAAAGAAAAGGGAUGACUGGUCUCUCACCUCCACUUUAUGAUCACAACGGUGAUAUGUCUGCCCACUUCCUCUCACUGGUCUCCAAAAUGGAUUCUACAUCCACAAACCUAAGAAGUAGGGUUUUUCUUCCAACGAAUAACCAACAUGCCUGUCAGAUCACAUUUUAUUACUUCUCCAGCCAUGUGAGUGGCAAAUUAAUGGCUGGCCUUCAAACUACAUGUGAUGGUCCCAUUCAGAAUUUAUGGCAAAACACUGCCGCUCUCCAGAGUCAGUGGGAGAGAAAUGUCAUGAACAUCAAGAGCAACCAGAAAUUUCAGGUUGUUUUUCAAGGUCAAAUAAUUUCAACUCCUGAACAAAAUGAAGUCAUAGCUAUUGAUGGUAUAUCUUUCAGUUCAGGCUGCUUGCCUGCAAAUGAUGAAAUUUUACCAUGUCAAGCAUUGAAUACAGAGCAGGAACCGUGCCAUCUAGAUACAAGACUCUGCAGUUUUGAUUCUACAGAUGAAGGAUUGAGGUGUUACUAUAUAUGGGUAGGAGCUAAGGAUGCUUCUACUCUUAACCAUUUAGACAGCAGAGCUUAUUUAAAUAGCUCUGUACGUCACUGCCUCAGCAAGAGCUGCCAUCUUCAAUUCUAUUACUCCAUGGAAAACAGUGCUCUGAGAAUAAGACUAUAUAAUAAUAAGGAGGAAGAAAUCUUUUGGACAUUCAAUACAUCAACUGACAGAAAAUGGGUGAAAGCAGAGAUGUUAAUACCAGAAAGCCUGAAGACAGUUAGGAUUAUAUUUGAAGGGACUAUAUUGAGCCAGAAAGGUUUUAUUGGGUUGAAUCAGCUCUGGGUCUAUGCCUGUGCACUUGCCCCGUCCAGAAAGCUUUGCUCAGCUGAUGAAUUCACUUGUACCAGUGGCCAGUGCAUUGCCCAAGAAUCGGUCUGCGACUCUUGGCGGGACUGUUCUGAUGACAGUGAUGAAGAUCCUGCAACUUGCUCAAAUCAUCUCACGUGUGACUUUGAGUCUGGUUUCUGCAGCUGGGAGCCAUUUCUCACAGAAGAUUCACACUGGGAAGUCACGAAAGGAUUGGCCAGUGGAGAGAACCACCUUCAGGAUGCUGAUCACAUGGCAAACACAAGUCAUGGAUCAUUCAUUUAUUUCAGAUCACAUCAAUCUCCAAGAGUGGCCAAGCUUGGAAGUCCUAUUCUUAUAAAAGCACUCACUGCUUCCACCCCAUGUCAGGUGCGAUUUUGGUAUCAUUUGUCUCAGCAUUCACGUCUCUCAGUUUUUACAAGAACAUCACUGGAUGGGGAUUUGCAAAAGCAAGGUGAUCUAAUUGGAAUCUCCAAAUCUCAGUGGAAACAAGCAAAAAUUAAUCUCUAUGUGAAGCCUGGAGAAUCAACCUUACCUUUUCAGUUGAUUUUAGAAGCUACUGUUUUAUCAUCAAAUGCUACUGUUGCUCUAGAUGACAUUAGUAUGACCCAGGAAUGUAAAAUUUCUGAUAAAUCACUUCCAGAUACCAGCAUACUAAAGAAAGGCUCCAAAUGUGACUUUGAAGCAGAUAGCUGUGGUUGGUUUGAAGCAAUUAGUGGUGACCAUUUUGAUUGGGUAUGGAACUCUAGAAGUAACCUUUCGGCUGAAUUUGAGCAACAGGCUCCACCUAGGGAUCAUACUCCCAACACAACUGAAGGGCAUUUUAUGUUCAUUCUGAAGAAAGGAAGCUUGUCACAAGUUCCCAAACUUCAGAGCCCAAAGUUUAGCCAGGCAGGACCUGGAUGCAUACUUUCCUUCUGGUUUUAUGACCAUGGUCUGUCAGUGGGAGCAGCUGAGCUACAGCUACAUGUGGAAGAUUCCAACGACUCUACAGUACUCUGGAGAGUAUUGUAUAACCAGGGCAACCAGUGGUCACAGGCCACUAUUCAGCUUGGACGCCUUACUCAGCCCUUCCAUUUGUCACUAGAUAAAGUCAGUCUUGGCAUUUAUGAUGGAGUCUCAGCUAUUGAUGACAUCAGAUUUGAAAAUUGUACCCUUCCCCUUCCUGCAGAGAGCUGUGAAGAGCCGGACUUUUUCUGGUGUUGACGCAGCAAGGCUUGCAUAGAAAAGCUUCUGUUAUGUGAUUUGCUGGAUGAUUGUGGUGAUCACACUGAUGAGAUUGACUGUGUACCUGAGUUCCAAUGUAACUUUGAAAAUGGAAUCUGUAACUGGGAACAAGAUACAGAAGACGACGUUGAUUGGACUAGGAAGCACGGUCCAACUUCAACACUUAAUACAGGGCCAAUGAAGGAUCAUACCUUGGGCACAGCUAAAGGACACUAUCUCUACAUAGAAUCUUCGGAGCCACAGGUUUUCCAAAACAGAGCUACUUUACUCAGCCCUGUCCUCAAUGCCACCGAUGCAGGGGGCUGCACCUUCCACUUAUAUUACCACAUGUUUGGAAAGCAUAUUUAUAGGCUGGCCAUCUACCAGAGAGUUUGGAGUAACACAAGAGGACAGCUGCUGUGGCAGAUAUUUGGGAAUCAAGGCAACAGAUGGAUAAGGAAACACCUCAAUCUUUCCAGCAGGCAGCCUUUUCAGACUUUGGUGGAGGCUUUUGUAGGAGAUGGCUUCACUGGAGACAUUGCAAUCGAUGAUUUGUCAUUCAUGGACUGUGCCCUCUACCUUGGUAACUUGCCAGUGGACCUCCCAACUCCACCAGAAAUGUCCGCUCCAGUAACAUUACCUCCACACAACUGUACAGACAAUGAAUUUGUUUGCAGGUCCAAUGGUCACUGUGUUGAAAAAGUCCAGAAGUGUUAUUUUAGAUAUGAUUGUCCUGACCAAUCAGAUGAAUCAUUCUGUGUUAUGAAAGUUUGCAGCUUUGAAAAAGGAAGCCUGUGUAAUUGGUACCAAUCAAUUCCAGAAAUGCUAAUUCAAGAUUCAAACACAUUCAGAUGGGGACUUGGUAAUGGGACCAGUAUUCAUCAUGGGGAAGAAAAUCACAGGCCAUUGGUGGAUCAUACAGCAAAUACCACAGAUGGCUGGUACCUGUAUGCUAAUAGUUCAAAUGGAAAAUUUGGUGGCAUGGCUGAUAUACUGACUCCUGUUAUUUCACGCAUGGGACCAAAAUGUACCCUGGUGUUCUGGACUCAGAAUGGUGUUACAGUUGGUUGUCUCCAGGUACUCAGCAAGAAAGACAAUGUUACUUCUAAAUUGUGAGCUCAAAUAGGACAGCAAGGUGCAUGGUGGAAGAAAGUAGAAGUGUUUUUAGGUGUUCAAUCACAUAUACAGAUUGUCUUUAGGGCAAAGCGUGGUAUCAGUUACAUGGGAGAUGUAGCAGUGGAUGAUAUUUCCUUUCAAGAUUGUUCCCCUCUACUUAGCUCAGACAGAAAGUGUACUGCUCAAGAAUUCAUGUGUGCAAACAAGCAUUGCAUUGUGAAGGAUAAGCUGUGUGAUUUUGUGAAUGAUUGUGCUGAUAAUUCAGAUGAGACUGCUUUCAUUUGCAGUACCUCAAAUGGGUGCUGUAAUUUUGAAUUUGACCUUUGUUCUUGGGAGCAGGAGCAGGAUGAUGACUUUGACUGGAAUCUGAAAGUUAGCAGCAUCCCUACUGUAGGCAUAGAUCCAGCUGCUGAUCACACCAUACAAAACUCCUCUGGACAUUACAUCUUCAUAAAGAUCUGGUUCCCUCAGCAGCCCAUGAUAGCAGCCAGAAUUUCAAGCCCAGUCAUAAGUAGAUGAAACAAAAACUACAAGAUAAUUUUUCAUUAUCACAUGUAUGGAAAUGGCGUUGGGGCACUUGCCUUGAUCCGGGUAUCAGUCUCGAACGAAACUAGGGUCCUACUUAAACUCACCGUAGAACAAGGCAAUUUCUGGCAGCAGAAAGAACUAUCAGUUGGUGAUGAGGACUUCCAACUCAAAUUUGAAGGCAGAGUUGAUGAAGGACACCAUGGGGAUAUUGCCCUGGAUGACAUCGUGCUUACAAAGAGUUGUCUGUCAUUCCAUCAUUCCAUGAAAGAAGAACUCACAGAAACUCUUCCAACAGGUACAUCUUAUGUUGUGAUUGUUCGGAUAUGCAGGAGUUUGAACCUGUACCUGGGGCUAGGAAGGAAAGACUCCAGUUGGCAGUAUAGGGGCACCAUGUGUGGGUACAGUAGACCAAAUAAUGAAUAUGGGGAAGAAAGCACUGUAGACAAGCCUACGGCCAUGAGACAAGAGAGAGGGUGCCACACAGACUGCCAAGGUGGCCUGUUCUGUGAAUGGACAGAAAAAGGACUUUCAAGAGUAUGGCAAGAGAGUGAGCAGAACUCCAGUGGUCAUUGGCAAAAGGCUGUCAUCCUGCUAGGAAAGCUAAGGAAUUUUGAAGUCAUAUUCCAAGGUAUCAGAACAAGAGAUCUAGGAGGAGGAGCUGCAAUUGAUCACAUUGAAUUUAAAAACUGCAUGACUGUGGGAGAGACUUCAGAGAUUUGUCCAGAAGCCACUGAUUUCUUGUGCCACGACAAGAAGUAUAUUGCAUCCCACCUUAUCUGCGACUAUAAACCAGACUGCUCUGAUGGAUCUGAUGAGGCUCACUGUGGCCACUAUACAAGCACAGCAGGAAGUUGCAAUUUUGAAACAACUUCAGGAAACUGGACCAUAGACUGCAGUCUUACUCAGGACUCUCAAGAUGACUUGGACUGGGCCAUUGGCAACAGAAUUCCUAUGGGAGCAUUGAGUCCAGACUUUGAUCACAUCCCAGGGAGCGGCCAGCACUUCCUAUAUGUCAACUCAUCUGGACCCAAAGAAGGACACACGGCAAGAGUCACUACUUCCCAGUACUUUCCAGCAAGUCUCGGAAUAUGUACUGUUCGGUUCUGGUUCUACACGGUUGAUCCCAGGAGUAUGGGGAUAUUAAAGAUAUAUACCAUUGAGGAAUCUGGACUAAACAUCCUGGUGUGGUCAGUGAUUGGAAACAAAAGAAGCGGUUGGCGGUAUAGACAUGUGCUUCUCUCCAGUAACAGUGCAUUUAAAGUGGCAUUUGAAGCUGAUUUGGCUGGAAAUGAGGACAUCUUUAUUGCCCUUGAUGACAUCACUUUCACCCCAGAAUGUGUCUUUGGAGGCCAGGUUCCCAGGGAACCAUCAUCCUGUGAAGCCCAUCAGUUUUCUUGUAUCUACACACCAGGGAAAUGUAACGGACAGGAAGACUGCAUAGAUGGCUCUGAUGAAAUGGAUUGUUCUCUCAGCCCCCCUCCUCAGCGCUGUGGUGAAAUGGAGAUCCAGUGCUCCAGCAACGAGUGUAUCCCAUCUCUCCUGCUAUGUGAUGGAGUGUCCGACUGACACUUUAAUGAAGACGAAUCCAGCUGCUCCAAUGAGAGCUAUUCUGAUGGUGCUUUGAUGUGCACUUCAUCGAACAGCUGUAUCCCAGUUCAUGAGUGCUGUGAUGGUUUUGCCAACUGCGCAGAUUUCCAGCCUGAUGAAUCCAGCUGCUCAGAGUGCCCAUUCGGUUACUGCAGAAAUGGUGGGAAUUGUGUAGUGGAGAAGAACAGUCCUGUGUGUCGAUGUGGACAAGGAUGGAAAGGAAAUCAAUGCCACAUCCAGGUUAACCCUUCCCCUACAGAUUUCAUGAACACUCAGAAUAAUAUAUGGACUCUCCUGGGCAUUGGAUUAGCUUUCCUGAUGACUCAUAUUAUAGUCACAGCUGAGUGUUUUCUUGCAAAUAGAAAAGUACCAGUCAGGAAAACUAAAGGAAGUGUGAACUGUGCAUUUGUUAAUCCAGUUUAUGGCAACUGGAGUGACCCAGAGAAAAGAGAGAGUUCUGUAUACUCCUUCUCAAAUCCAUUGUAUGGCACAUCAGGAUGCCUGGAGACCAUAUCUAAUCAUCUGAAAUAGCACCAUCCAAAUCAAGUGUGAUCUAGGGUAUAUAGUUUAUAGAAAAUCCUACGCUGAAACCUGACAGAAACUCAUCCUGUGCAAUAGUAAAAAAAGAAGGGAUUCAGAAUACUACUGCAAUUAUUAUACAUACACAGAUAAAUUUUCUUACUGAAUAUAUUAAACGUUUUCAUGGAAUCUGAAUCAGAACCUUAGUUUUAUUGUA